AUGUACAACCUUAAUCGUCUAAGAGCUGCUAGAAAACUGCUACCAUUGCCACAACCAUACAAUAAUAUUUGGUUAAAGAUCAACAAAGUUAUCAAUGAACUUCAUAUUAUAUUGAUCAACUUCAUCUGCAAGACCAAAUACUCAUCCGACCUGUUAAAGGAGAAAAUACCCGGUUUGAAUACACCAGUAGCAGAGCAAACAUUUGUCUGGGCUGCUAAAGUGAAUUAUUAUGUGCGCUAUGCCAAAGUCAGGUGAAAUGCAUAUACCAGUAGCUGUUACAAAGCAUACAGCAAUCCAAAUCUUUCUAAAAUUCAUGGUGAGGUCGAGCAACAGUAGUCCUGAGGUGAUUUAACCACAGGGUGCCAGACUGUGACCUAUUUAUAUAUCAAUAUCUCUGUAUCUAUAUAUUGGAUAUUAAUCCUCUGUAUAUUUACUAAUCCAUACAUAAUCUAUAUACAGUUAUAUUAUAGCGGUCAGUGCAGAUAAGUAAUCUGUCCAUCUGUAAUGGUUUCACAGUGAAGACGAGAAGAAACACAACAAACCAAGCUGGAGAAACAAUUGGAACAACUAUUGAUUGGGAAUCAUGUGAAACAAAGGAAAUGAGACAGAGCAAUUUCUCGUGCUUUGAUUUUGAAUAGCCACAAAAUUAUGUGCAAAUCAUGUUCAUCAAUAAAGGUUAAGGCAUCAAUAAAUUCUUUUUACAGAACAUUAAAACACGAUGACAAAGAAAACAUAUCCACGCUGUCGAAGAAGAGGGAAUCAUACAUGACACCAGAUGAAAUUAAAGCCAAGAAAAGAAGAAGGAUAGUUAAUAGAACACAAUGUCAGUGUGAAAAAUUGUUGUCUGGAAUGAAGACAAUGGAUAAAAAAGAUUGUGAUGAUGUCCAAGAAAUAUUUGAUGGCAUCAAUGUAGAAGAACUUGAUGAAGAUAUGGUGAAAUUUUGGGAGGCAUUGAUGGCAAAUGACUCCAGAGGGAAUAGAUGGCAUCCAAAGUAUGUUUUGCACAAGAAUGCAUGCAUCAAAUGUCCACUCCUUGUUAGUGGACCUUCAUUUCAGCUGUAA